AGCGUUUGCGGCUACCCGGACACGCCCCCUUUUUCCGUGUCCAGUGCUGUGAGGUGCGGGACGAGGCGCUGAUGUGGACGUGAUUUUCAGGAAUGGCUACGUCCAAGGACGCCAAGGACAAAGCACGUAAGGGCGAUUCCAAGAAGGAGCGCUCCAAGAGAGAUGGAAAGCCCAAGAAGGGUGAAUCCACUGAGAGAUCCAAGCGAAAAUCUGAAGGCAGGAAGCAGGCCAUAAGCAAGACAGAAGAGGAGCGGUCUGUGCGCCAUGAGACCGCGCGGAAGCGGAAAUCCGAGGAGGCCCCUGUGGAAAAGAAGAAGAAGAAGCCAAAAAAGGAGAAGAAGGACAAACCACAGGACGAGGACGACGAGGACCGGCGGCGGCUGCAAGGCGGCGCCGCGGACGGCGUGGUGAAGGCGGCCUCGCCUGGUCCGAAGGAUGUGGAGGUGAAGAAGAAAGAGAAGACCAAAGAGAAGAAGGUUGCGAAAGAGAAAACUGAAAAGGUCGCUUCCAAGAAGCCAGAGCUUCGAAGAAAAGGGCCUUGUGCAGCAGAAGCUCUGGAUGAUGAACCAAAAGGCGUCGGCCCUGGCCGCCGAGCCUCAAAGAGCAAGUCACCUCCCAAUGGCAUUCGGCUGAAACCCUCUCCUGAGAAGGAAUCCAAGCCAGCUGCCAAGGACGAGCCACGCGCCGCGGUGCCGUCUCCCUCCAGCGCCGAGAGCUCCGACGCGGUGGAGCGCCGCCGGAAGCGCCGGGAGUCCGCGGGGCUCAAGGCGGCCUCGGGCUUCGGCCUGGCGCCGGUACCGCCCGUGCCCAGCGAGGCUGCCGGCCCACUGAUGUACGGCCCUGCUGGUCCUUUGGUCCCGUUGCCAGCGACGGUUCAGGGCUUGUUGGAGCACCAGGACUUCUUGGCUCAGGAGGUGAUGCGGAUGAAGAUGGCCGUGGAGGCCGCCGGUGGCGUCGCUCCAUCCACGAAGGACAAGGAGGAGCCGGCUGAGACGACCAUCAAGAUGCCCACGCGGCUCACCGAUUGUCUCAUGGAGCCUGAGAACCUGGCGAAGCUCUUAGCGAAGACGGGUCUUCUUUCAGCCGCCUUGAACCAGGAGAAGCACCUUAUUUUGCGGUCUGCUUCCCGGAAGCAGCUACAGAAGACCCUGGCACAGCUCCGGCGAAUUGCGUGGGCAUGCCAGUGGGGCUGUAGUUCUUCCAAGGUUGGUGCUUUGCUGGCAGAGAAGCCGGCGAAGGCCUUGAAUUCCAUGGUCCUUCGCCUGGCGGCGACCUCCAGUCGACUCUCGUCUCACGACGCAAAGCUGAACGCCAAGAUGCGCAAGAUUCGACUGGGCACACAGGCCGGUCCUGGGAUGCUGCAACUCGAAGGCAUUCCAGGGCUGUCUCGGAAGCAUUGCACCGUCACAUUCGAGCCCGAGAAGGGUGCUUGCUAUGUUCAGGAUGUCUCCACCAAUGGGACCUACCUCAAUGGGAAGCGUUUGCCAAGACCACCCUUCAAGAACCCCGCGGAUGCCAGAGUGCGUCUCUUCCAUGGGGACGAGCUGCUCUUCAAGCUGCGGACUGAUGACGCAGAGGAGUUGGGAUAUGUGAUCAAUUUGGUGGAGCUCAGCUGAAGAGCGCACGACGUUGCGACGUGGA